CUUAGAUGCAAUAGAAAGAUUCUCCUUCCCUGGCUAAUUGUUUUCGGUCUGCCAAACAAAUGUGAUUUAAGCACAGUUUUGGUUCAGCAUAGUUUCACAUUCACUAUAGCAGGCAAACAUUCAGGUGCCUAAAAAUUGGCAUGAAAAACACCAGGUUGAAUAUCAGUUGUCAGCACAAUAGGGAUAAUCCUAUUGCUAAGUACACUAAGACAAAACAAGAGCUGGUUAGCCUGGAAUUGCAGUCUAUUACAUCUGCUAAUCCUGGAUUAAAGGAUGGUGAUGAUGGCGAACACAAGGACAAAACAUUGAUAAACAACCUACCUGGUAACCUUUCAGGAAAUGGGAAUGGAUCGAUUUUCAUUAGCAUCUACAACCACAAUUACAGCAUGCAAUAUCCUCCUACUACGUACGAAAUACCUGUCCAUUCCUAUUAUCCUCCACUUAGGCCUCCUUCUGCAUUUGGUAACAAGAGGGCUGUGUUAUUUGGAAUCAGUUAUGCUAACACAGCGACAGCGAAGAAGCUUAAAGGUUCUGUGAAUAAUGCUCGGUGCAUGAAACAUUUUCUGAUUGACAAGUUGGGAUUUCCUGGAAAUUCCAUUUGCAUGCUCACAGAUGAUUCAGAAGAGAAAAACACAAUUCCAUCAAAAAGUAACAUGCGGAUGGCCAUGAGGUGGUUGGUUGAGGGCUGCAAACCUGGGGAUUCAUUGGUGUUUUACUUCUGUGGUCAUGCAUCAAGGGUUAAAGACCGUAACGUGGAUGAGGUUGAUGGGUAUGAUGAAGCAAUAUGCCCUGUCGAUUAUGAGCAGGAGGGGAUGAUACUCGAUGAUGAAAUCAAUGCUACAAUUGUUAGGCCUCUACCUCAUGGUGCCAAACUACAUGCCCUUGUUGAUGCAUCCUUUAGCGGGACAAUUCUUGACAUACCAUUUGUAUGCAAGAUGAACCGGAUUGCUUCUUUUGGAUGGAAAGAUCACAGACACCGGAGAGCUGGCAACAAAGGCACGAGAGGAGGGCUAGCGGUUUGUAUUUCCGCCUGCGAUGAUAGUGAUGGAAAGGCAGGAAGAAAAUCGGCCUUGACUUACAGUUUCCUUCAAAUCAUGCAAGAUGUACCUAAAUUGACAUAUGGUCGCUUGCUCAAUGACAUGCUCUUUACAAUCCAAUGGGCUAAAGCAGGAAAGUUGGAACUAAAAGGCCAAGAUUUUGCCCGGAACACUUGGAAACAAAAUACUCAUGAGCCACAACUAUCCUCUACUGAGAAGUUUGAUAUUUCUACCAAGUUGUUUCAAAUCUGACACAUCAAUAACGGCACGGAAAAAGAAACUGGGUGCCGGAAUAGAAAAAAGACUAAUGUCCAAUUAGCAAUAAGGGAAGUACUUGUAUGUACUUAAUCAAUUGUACUCUCCAAACACAAUCUGCACCGAAACAUUGAUGAAAAUUAAGCCAUUCUCUGAUUUGUAUUUUUUAUGAUUUUUAAGGAGGUGAACGAGUUAUCUAAAUUACGUUGUUAAA